AGCCACCAGAGCCAAAAACCCAAGCUCUCUUUUCUGUUCUUGCUCACAGUUUUUCAAAGGUUUUUAGGAAAGAAGAGGAUAUGGCGAAGGAAGUUGAGACUGCAGAGCAAGGUGGUGGAGAGUUCUCAGCCAAGGACUACCAUGAUCCGCCACCAGCUCCAUUGAUUGAUGCAGAAGAGCUCUUCAAGUGGUCGUUUUACAGGGCACUGAUUGCUGAGUUCAUUGCUACCCUUCUCUUUUUGUAUGUCAGUGUGUUGACUGUGAUCGGGUACAAGGUCCAAACCGACACUCUGAAGAACACUGUUGAUGCUGACUGUGGUGGUGUUGGCAUUCUUGGUAUUGCUUGGGCCUUCGGUGGCAUGAUCUUUAUUCUUGUUUACUGCACUGCUGGUAUCUCUGGAGGACACAUCAACCCGGCUGUGACCUUCGGGCUGUUCUUGGGACGCAAGGUGUCACUCAUCCGAGCCAUCAUGUACAUGGUAGCUCAGUGCUUGGGUGCCAUCUGCGGCUGUGGGUUGGUCAAGGCUUUCCAGAAGACUUACUACAACACCUACGGUGGUGGUGCCAACGAGCUCCAAUCUGGCUACAACAAGGGCACCGGCUUGGGUGCUGAGAUCAUUGGUACCUUCGUUCUUGUCUACACUGUCUUCUCUGCCACCGACCCCAAGAGGAGUGCAAGGGAUUCCCAUGUUCCUGUCUUGGCUCCACUUCCCAUUGGAUUUGCUGUGUUCAUGGUUCACCUUGCCACAAUCCCAAUCACUGGCACUGGUAUCAACCCUGCAAGGAGUUUUGGAGCUGCUGUGAUUUACAACAGAGAGAAGGCCUGGGAUGACCAAUGGAUCUUCUGGGUUGGACCUUUCGUUGGAGCUGCUAUUGCUGCAUUCUACCACCAAUACAUCCUAAGAGCAGCAGCCAUCAAGGCCCUUGGAUCUUUCAGGAGCAAUGCUUAAAAAAAAUAAAAAAAAUCAGCUCUCCUUUUCCAUGGAUAAUUCAAGAAAAAAUUAUGGUCAUGAUGAAUUGUGAUGGAGAUGUUUCCCACAGAGAAUAACAAAUGAAGAGUGCAAGUCUGUCUGAGGGGGCUUCCCUCUUGCAAUCUUCUUUCUGUCUCUUACAUGGGGUUGGAAGGAGAAGCCUUGAGGGAGCCAUUGAACUGUAAAUAAAUUAAAAUAUAUUUAUGGACAAGGGUGUCUCUUUUGAACAAAUCCCUCUUUGUUCUUAUCUUUUCUUUUUCUUUUGCUUUGAAUGUAUUUAAUUAAGUAAUUGUGUUGUCAUCUUUGUUUAUCCUUAUCAUCUCCUUUGUAUUCACCCCUUCUUUUUAUGCAUAAUUCUAGUAGUGAAUUGUGUUGUCUUCUUUA